CAGAGGUUUGCUAUAAAAAGGCCGAGCUGCCUCCCGGACAGCCUGCUCUGCUGACCUCGAGACCCCGCCGUCCAACAUGCAGACUCUCCUCCUUGUGGCUCUGCUCGGAUGCCUCGCCGCCGUGUCCGCGGCCCCCGCUGACAAGGUGAAAUGGUGCGUCACCUCGGACAAAGAACUGGAGAAGUGCGCGGCCCUCGCGGUCAAAGCUCCGGCGUUCUCCUGCGUGAAGAGGGACUCCGUCACGGCCUGCAUCGCUGCGAUCAAGGCUGCUGAGGCAGACGCCAUCACUUUGGACGGAGGUGACAUCUACACUGCUGGACUGAUCAACAACAACCUGCAGCCCAUUAUUGCUGAGGACUACGGCCCCUCGUCGGAGACCUGUUACUACGCUGUUGCUGUGGUGAGGAAGGGCACUACAUUUGGCCUGAGAGACCUCCAGGGGAAGAAAUCCUGCCACACUGGGUUGAAUAAAUCUGCAGGCUGGAACAUCCCCAUCGGCACUCUGGUGUCCAUGGGUUUGAUUCAGUGGGAAGGCAUUGAAGACAAACCUGUUGACGAGGCGGUGAGCAACUACUUCUUGUCCAGCUGCGUCCCGGGGGCACCGAGGAACAGCAAGCUGUGUCAACUGUGCAGGGGAGACUGCUCCAAGUCCCACAAUGAGCCGUACUACGACUACAGCGGAGCCUUCCAGUGCCUGAAGGACAACGCUGGAGAUGUGGCUUUUGUGAAGCACCUCACUGUACCUGAGUCGGAGAAGGCCAACUACGAGCUGCUGUGUAAAGAUAACACCAGGGCGCCCAUAAACGACUAUAAAAGGUGCCACCUGGCCAGAGCACCAGCUCAUGCUGUUGUCAGCCGCAAGAACCCACAGCUGGCUAAAUUAAUCUGGGACAGCCUGACUUCAGUAAAGGGCUUUAACCUCUUCUCCUCUGAUGCCUAUGCACCCGGCAAAAACCUGAUGUUCAAAGACUCCACAACAAAGCUGGUGCAGCUGCCCGGCAACAUCGAUUCCUUCCUGUAUUUGGGUGCUGUAUAUACGAGCAUCAUCCGUUCCCUUAAGAAAGAGCCAACAGGCACUCCAUCCACUGCCAUCAAAUGGUGUGCCGUGGGCCACGCUGAGACAAGCAAGUGUGACAUGUGGAGCAUCAAUAGUAUGGGUGAUGUCACCACCACCGUUGAAUGCCAGACUGCCCCUACAGUUGAAGAGUGCCUGAAAAUGAUUAUGCGUAAAGAGGCUGACGCAAUGGCAGUGGAUGGAGGACAGGUGUACACCGCUGGGAAGUGUGGUCUGGUCCCUGCUAUGGUGGAGCAGUACGACGCAGCUCAGUGCGGCAUCCCUGGAGCCCAAGCCUCCUCUUACUAUGCUGUUGCUGUGGUAAAGAAGAGUUCAGGGUUGACCUGGGAAACCCUGAAGGGCAAGAGGUCUUGCCACACUGGCGUCGGCAGAACCGCUGGCUGGAACAUCCCCAUGGGUCAGAUAUACAAACAGACUGGCGACUGUGACUUCACCAAGUUCUUCAGUAGCGGCUGUGCCCCCGGCUCAGACCCCAGCUCUCCAUUCUGUUCUCAGUGUGCCGGCAGCGACAAAGCUGUGGGAGAUGAGUUCAAGUGCAAAGCCAAUGCUGCAGAGCUGUACUACGGCUACGCUGGGGCCUUAAGAUGUCUGGUUGCGGGUUCCGGAGAUGUUGCCUUCAUCAAACACUCAACCAUUCUAGAAAACGCAGAUGGUAAGAGACGGACGCGGACCGGUCGACAUCUGAACUGCGAAUGUGUCGUUUUGUAUAAAACUAUAACAUUCUUGCUACUCUUCUUUGUUAAAGUCAACAAUGAUGACUACCAGCUGAUCUGUCCGGGGAAGAGUCCAGUGCCAGUCACUGAUUACCUCUCUUGUCACCUGGCUACCGUGCCCGCCCACGCGGUGGUGACUCGUCAAGACAGCCGCAACGAAGUUGUUCGCAUUCUCUUGGCACAGCAGUCCGCAUUUGGUUCCACUGUCAGUGAAGGCUCAUUCGGCUUGUUCAAGUCAGAUAAUGGAAAGAACCUCCUCUUCAAGGACUCCACUCAGUGUCUCCAGCAGGUCGAAGCUGGAACAAGCUAUGACAGCUUUCUGGGAACGGAGUACAUGAAUGCCAUGAAUUCGCUCAGAAUGUGCGGAGAAACCACUCCAGAUCUGGAGAAAUCUUGCACUUUCCAUUCCUGCCAGGAAACAAACUAGUGACCACCACGGAGCAUGCGGUGCAUCACUCAGCCCUCAGUGAUUCGGGCACCUUAACCACACUUCCCACACUCAACCCCAAAAUCGCCACGUGUAUUUUCUCACUGAUCUUGUUGUAGACUUGUUUUUAGAAGAACUACCGACAAACAGAUACGUUGCACUACCAUUACUUACAAAUCAACCAUCCGGUGACCAAUCAUGGCCACAUGUAGCUAUUUUCAUGGUGUUGAAACACAAUGUUACAUUACCUGUGCUAUGGGAUCAACUAUGUUUUGUUAACACGUGCCUGACUUUUCUCAAAUAAAGCCUUUUUAAUACUC